CUCUGUCCAGGAAAUGACGACACCCACGUCUCUUCCACCGAGACGACCAUCAUGGGCGCGAUGCUGGCCACCGUGUUCCUGGCCAGUCUGGUGGCCAACGCCUUCGUCUUCGUGGUGUUCUGCAAGAGAAAGUCGAUCUCGAUGUCCAACCGGUUCGUGGCGAACCUCACGAUAGGGAACUGCCUGACCACGUUCUUCGUCAUGCCUUUCGCGUUCACGUCUCUGCUGACCACAGAAUGGAUCUUCGGUCACUUCUGGUGCGUCGUCACCGGGUUCUUGAUGAACGUGAUUGUCAGCGCGAGCAUCUUCACACUUGUCGUCAUCUCCAUAGACAGAUACUGCGCAGUGGUGACGCCCCUGCACUACUCCAUGCGGCUCACGUCGCGGAGGUGCACGAUGCUCAUCGCGUGCAUCUGGGUCGGGGCGGUCGUUAUAUCAUCGCCGCCCCUCCUAGGAUGGAACGCCAUAGAAUUUCAGCUGGACAAAAUGGUCUGCACCGUGAAGUGGUCGAGCAGCCAAAGCUACGACAGGUACUACACGUUUUUCCUGAUAAGUUUCAGCUUCGUCCUCCCGCUGGCGGCCAUCUUGUGGACGUACGCCAGGAUAUUCAGGGCCGCCCACGGUAACAUCGUCAGGGCCAGGAGGAACAGCGUGAUCCGCGUCAACUCCGCGGCCACCAACAACUCGGAGGACGCGGUCAAUCAGCAGAACACGCCCAUAAACUCGAGGAGGAGGAGCAGCACCGCGCCGAUCAUUCGCAGGCUGAGUCAGUCGUCGAGCCGCUCCUCCUCGCUGCUGUGGCGGAAGGAGGAGUGGAAGACGGCCGUGACGAGCUUCCUGGUCCUCUUCAGCUUCGCCGUCUGCUGGACGCCGUACUUCGUCGUCAUGGCCGUGGAGGCCGGCAUGGGGAAGUCCACGCCCUUUUCCCCGGUCGCCUCCCACGUGUCAACGGUGCUGGCCAUGUUCAGCUGCGCCUGCAAUCCGAUAGUGUACGUGUUCAGAAGUAAGAUCGUGCGUAGGGAGCUC